CAAAUGUACGGAAAACCAGAGAAACGCGGAGAAGAAGCAGAAGCGUUUUCUCACCCGGUCGCUCACACGCACAUUCACAGACAAAAUGGCUGGGACUGAGCACGAUCAAGUUGAGGAAACACUGAAGAGGAUCGAAGCCAAUAAAGAUGUGAUUGGAACUAUAGUUGUCAAUACAGAGGGUAUUCCCAUCAGAACAACUUUAGAUAACUCCACCGCAGUUUUAUAUGCAACGCUUUUAUGCCACCUCACCAUGAAGGCCAGGCACACCGUGAGGGACGUUGACCCUCAGAAUGACAUUUGCUUUCUACGCAUGAGGACAAAGAAACACGACAUCUUGGUUGCACCAGAAAACAACUUUCUGCUGAUAGUCAUCCAGAAGCAUGUGCAUGGCCUCUGGACAUUUCAAUGAGAGUCAGCCUUUGUUUUGUGCCAUGAUGGUGAUAAAAAAGCUUUUUGCAGCAUUGCCCUUUUCUCCUACUUGGAAUUCAAAUUUGUUGCCUGAGUCUUCUUGAUGCAUUGUUUUACCUUUUAGGUAGUCUUAUUUCUUUGUGUUGAUAUUGAAUAUGUCUGUAAAUGAAGUUGGUGGUGGUUGUACAGUUCUCAAAGAUCAUCCAUGUUCAUUCCAAUGGGUGACAAAUGUGAUGGAAACCCUCAAUAAAUGGAAUGUUUAAGUAAAUGUUUGUUGUAUCUGGAUCACUGUGUUCUUUUCCAGGAUGAAAAUGCUCAUUGACAUAAGAGUUUACUGAAUGGUUUCAUGUGUAUGCAGAUUUAACACCUUUUUGGGAUUUAAC